AUGGCAAAGAAGAUACUCAUUACAGGUGCUGGCGGCUUCGUAGGCCAACUCCUCGCAGAACAUCUCCUCAACGCCGGCCACAAAGUCGUCCUGGCCGACAUAUUCUUGCCUCCCAUCCCCGCAUCCGCUCAGAACCAAUCCAAUGCCACUACCAUCAAAGCCGACCUCUACGACUCCCCCAACGACGUUCUCUCCCACGAUCUCGAAGCAAUCUACAUUUUCCACGGCAUCAUGUCCGCCGGCUCCGAAGCAGAUUUCGACCUCGGCUACCGCGUCAACCUGCAUUCCACUCUCCAUCUCCUCGAAGCCAUUCGCAAAACCAUUCCGGGCAUCCGAGUCUUCUACGCCUCCUCGACGGCAAUUUUCGGCCAACCUCUCCCCGAAACUCCCUCGGAAAGUACAGUGCCCACGCCUCAAGGUUCCUAUGGCACGCAAAAAGCCAUCAUUGAGUAUUUGAUCAACGACUAUACUCGCAGAGGCUACAUUAAUGGAUUCACGCUUCGUUUCCCCACAAUUAGUGUUCGACCGGGGAAACCCACUGCUGCGGCAUCGAGUUGGAUGAGUGGGAUUAUUCGCGAACCGUUACAAGGGCAAGAAAGUAUUUUGCCGUGCGACGAUGAGUUUCAGGCGUGGUUGUGUUCGCCAAAGACGCUGGUGCGGAAUUUGAUGCAUGCGUUGACGUUGGAGAGAGAUGUUAUGCCGAGUCAUAUUCGACAGGUGUUGUUGCCGGGGAUUACCGCUACGGUGCGGGAGAUGUUGCAGGCUUUGGAGGAGGUGGGAGGGAAGGAGGCAUUGGAGUUGGUGAGGAGGGAAGAGGCGAGUGAGGAAAUUAAAGCGAUAUUGGAUAGUUGGCCGGUGACGUUUGAUGUUAGUAAGGCGUUGAGUUUGGGGUUUGUGAAGGAUGAUAGCUUCAAGACUGCUGUGGAGGAUUUUGCUGCAAGUUUGAAGAAAUAGAUUACGCUGUUUGUGAUGAGAAGGGAUGAGUUAUGAUCGUGCUCAUACUCGAGCAUAUACCCAGGACGCCGGGCAGGAUU